GGAAACGCGAUCUUAUAAAGAGCCUCUCUCCUUUUUUUUAUGAAUUUCUCUCUCUUUUCUUUUUCUUUCUGUUUUUUUUACAUUGUUAUGUCAUCUUGUCACUCAUUCCAUGAAUGUCCGCUUCGCUCCUAUUCUUUAUUGAUUAUCAACAAGGAAAAGCAGACCAUUGUGACAGGGACGGAUGAACUAUUUGACAUCUUGGGAUAUAAAGAACCACAUCAACUCAUAGGGAAAUCUAUUCACUUACUCAAUCCACAAAAGAAAAAGGACCACUAUGUACUACAACAUACAUCCUCUCGUCAUAUACCCUUCGAGAUUUGCAUCCAUCAUGAUCCACUUACAAACGCAAAGGAUUUGGACUAUUGGCUCAUACGUCCACUCGACAACCGUCAUUCGAAUACACUCGGCCCAGUCACCAUUCUGAGAUUGAGCCCCUUUGGCACAAUCGAGAACGCAUAUCCUUCCGUUGACUUUCCUCAAAAACAUACUGAACUGCAGCAUCAACCGAUCAUGUCUUUUAUUCAUGAAUCAGACUUGAUCACUGUCUGUCAGAGACUAAGCAAGACAAGAUAUAGAUCACAUCAUACCUUACGUAUACGAUGGCUAGACCAUCAUCCUCGGCAAUCAAAGCACCAAACAGCAGAUGCCUUUCAGUGGGUAAUGCUCACCGUUAUGAAUGCACCUCGAAGAUUAUCAUGCAGCUCCUUGGAUGAUCCUCAGUCUCGACCUAUAUGCAUCGUUAGAGUUCUUUAUGAUUCUCCAGAGGAAGCACCUCCUCCCGUCUCGAUUAAUGACUGUUUACGCCUCGCUUGUUUCGAGGCCAUACACUUGCUCACUAGUCAACUCAGUCAGGGCACCCUUCAACUUCAUAAUUGGAUUGAUUCCAUUCAUGCAGCUCUCGAUCAGGGCAAGGCUUAUCUUUUAGAAUUUAUUGCCCAUCUAUUAAGUUAUGUUCUCGACUUCACCAACGAACUCGGUAUACUCUAUCAUCCGCCUAUUCAAGAAUGCUCAACCAAAGAGGACGAUAUGGAUAUGGAAGAUAUGAUAAGCAAAAAGAAAUAUAAAGUUUAUUCAAAUACGACUACACCUAUGAUUAAAGUAUAUGACAACAAUAAGCAACUAUGGUCAAUUCCUCUGCUCAGAAAGAACUGUUAUCAAAAACUAUAAGAAGCAAAACAAAACAAAACAAAAAAAAACACUCUCUUACUUUCUUUAUGAUGCAACGUUCUAUAUUUAUGCUCAUCUAUAGUCUCCCUUUUAUCCCCUUUUUUUUCAUCUCCUUUUUGUCGCUUUGUAU